CGGACUAUAGUAUAGUCGCUAUACCUGUAUUUUGACACAGCAGUUCUUUACAAGUGUUACAGAACCCUCAACAAACAUGGUGAGGUUUUCCGGAGGAUAGCGACCAUAACCUAGCUCAGGAUACAUCACAGGUCCAGAUCAUCCAUAACUGGGUAUACAUAUUAGCUAUAUAGCCAAUAGUCAAGAAGCUACAUACAGUUAUGGCAGACUCAAAUGAAACUUCCAGUGAAGGAGUGAAAUCCACUGCUGUAAUCAAACAAGGUUAUGUUGAAAUGAAGAACACAAAAUUGUUUGGGUCCAAGAAGAGGCGGUGGCUGGCCUUAUUCAAGGCCUCUAGUAAAGGUCCCACACGUCUCAUCAAGUAUGACAGUGCGUGGAAGGCCAGCAACGAGGAGCCCCUGUCUGUCACCAACCUCAGCGAAAUCAACAACAUCGUACGAAUGGGAGACGGAGCUUUUGGUAUAGUGUUACAGAUGAGGGAUCACACCUCUAAACAGUUCAUGUGUGAAACAGAUGAAGAAGCCAAGGAAUGGCUGCAUCUCUUACAAAGCCUGCAUGCAUCUGUUCGCCGAAGAGAUUCAAUGCCGACAGGAAUAUUCCGGACCUUCCUGAUGCCAAGUUCAUCACUCAACUUCCAAGGCGAGUGUAUCAUGGACAUCUCAACGACAAAUGUGACCUUGUUUGAGGACGAGAGGAAGACCUCUAAGAUAGUUGUGUGGCCGAUAAACCACAUACGUAGAUAUGGUUACGACAAGAAAAACAAGAGGCUCUUUAUUGAGGCUGGCAGCCGAUGCGACACAGGGGAGGGCAUCUACUUGUUUACGUCAACAGAAGGUCAUGCGAUUAACGAAUUUCUACAUAAACAAGCCAUAUCAUACGGGGAAAAGACAUGAUGUUCUUGUUGGGUUUGUUAUUUAAUGAAAGUGCCAUAGAACAUUGUCAAUACAAAACUGCUGAAUGGCAUACAGGUAUGCACCGAUUUGAAGCUUACAGCAUGAUCAUUGAACCACCUCUUUAAUACAGUCUCUUCAUACCAGCGGUAUGGCCCUCAUAUCCAGCCACUUCAUAACAACAGUAUGGUCCUCAUAUCCAGCCACUUCAUACCAGCGGUAUGGCCCUCAUAUCCAGCCACUUCAUAACAGCGGUAUGGUCCUCAUAUCCAGCCACUUCAUAACAGCAGUAUGGCCCUCGUAUCCAGCCACUUCAUACCAGCGGUAUGGUCCUCAUAUCCAGCCACUUCAUAUGUAUACCAACAGUCACUGCAGUUCAUGGAGCGAGAACCUGAUGAUUUGGUCAGAAGCAGGUGCAUUCUCAUUGUUCUUGUGGCAAUUAACUCACCUAUUGUGAAUUUUUGGGAAAAUUCUAUACAGAAAUAUAAAUUCGAUGUAAAAGCACUGACUCAUAGAUAGUGUGACAACUUCAUAAAUAAGUAUUGACUGGAUUUACAUGGGUGACAGUUUCCAGUAUCAAUACUGAAGAAGUAUUGUCUAAAUCUUUGAUAUCCCAUACAUGUACAUGUAUACAGCGUAUGUCAGCUGUUAUAUUUAAAAAAAAAAAAGGAUUGGAGUUCUGAAACCUUCAUCCAUAGAUUCAAGAAGCUAAAUAGAUAUCCAUGGGGUUUUAUCUCUAUAUUAUGAAUAUAUAAUGUAUUCAGUUCGCUACCAGUUUUUCUCACCUACCUUAAAAGAAAAUGCUUUUAUUACAAAGGAGUAAUAUUAUGCCCUUCCGAUGGCAAUGAUGAUUAACCUGUUUCAAAGUGUCUUGUUUGAAGAGGUCGGGCCUAUCAUUCAAGAACAGUUAUUUACAAAGAACUGUUUCAGAAUAAAACUUGAAAAUAACUGUCAUUUUGAAGCAGCGAAAUUUCCAGUUAUUCAAAAACCAUAUUCUGAAUGCGAAUUUUCAGCUGUGAAAAUGUGGUUUUCAAAUAACUGAGUUUUAACUGUACAGAUAAAACUGGUUUGAAGAGCUGUGAAAAGUGUCAGAAAAAUAACUGUGAAAUGAAAAGUAACUGUAUUUUAACAGUGACUUAACUGUGUUUUCACUGAUAAAAUCCCAGUUAUUUUUUGAAAGGGAAUCCUUUGUAUACAAACAAUUUUAAAACAGUGAUAAAAACUUCUCUCUGUUCUAGCAAGUAUACACAGUCUUAAAGAUACGUAAUUCUAUUUUUAAACAACAAAUAUUUGUAUCAGUAUUUUAUGUUUAUACAAACACAUAUUCGCUUUCAUGUUUGUUUAUAUUUACUGUUGAGAUUAUGUCAAUGUAUUGAAUUAUACGUGCUUAUCCUUUGUAAGCAUACUGUAUUAUUUUGCAUAAUGCCGAUGCACUCUUUUGGAUUGUAUUCAUUCGCCAAAAUGAUUGUUUAACAAAUCUGUAAUGAAUUUGGAGUACAUCCAAAUAUAGUUCUAGGAUACCUGCAAGUUUGUACUAAAUUGUAUGUCUGUAAAAAGGUUUAUGUAGAUUUGUAUUUCAUUGUUGGGACCUGAUACAGGGUACUACACCAUUUUUACAUUUAUGAGAUGUAAUACCUUAACCAAGACUAUUAAAUAGACAUUUAAGUGGAGUAAUUUAAGUUCUCUUAAAAGGAAAAGACAUACUGUAAGGCGUACUGCAAAGAUUAUGUUGGAUGCUGUCAGCAAUAAAUGGCAUUGGAUUUGAAAAUAAUUAUAUAGCCUGCAGUUUUUAUGAUUUUUAAGGAACAUUUUGUCAGAUAGCCAGCUUCAUCAGAUAGCUGCAAGAGCCAUUUUUGUGUCGCAUGCAAAAUGCAGGCAAUAUAUUGGUAUCAGUAUGUCCGCGGUGGCAGCGUCCACACAUGCAUUAACUUAUGUUCUCUUGGUCUGAUCAAACUCCAAACUUCAUGCAGCUCUUCCUUAUCACAAGUUUUUGAUUGGGACUGCUUUUCAGGUCCAAAGGUCAAAGGUCAAGGUCACUUACUAAAAACUUGAGUUCCCUUGGGCCGAUUACCGGUGAACUCAAAUUUCAUGCAUAUCUUUCAUACCAGUGACAAGUGCUUGCCUGGGAUUGCUUUUCUGGUAUAUAUUAAAGGUCAAAGAUCAAGGUCACUUACUAAAAAUAGAAAAUCUGUUUCCAUGCAAUAACUUGUAAUCACCCAACUUUCUGUACAGGCGACACAUCCACGUUUGUGGAAUUCUUGUUUUUAAUGUUUUUAAUUGUAUAAUCUGAGGGCUAUGCACAGGAAAUUACCGUAAUCGUUCCCGACAAUCUAAUUACUAAAAUAUUGUGUGAAUGAUCCGAGUAUAUAUAUUUAGGUUACAUAGAGGAUCUGAACAAACAGUAUACUGAAGUACUUCUUACAAGUUUUUAAUUUUUAAAAAAAUCAUACAAAAUGUACUCAAAACCAAUUGGUUGACUUUUCUUUGUAUGCGUUCUUUUAAAAUGAUUAUCAACGAGUUAUUACCAAAGCUGCAUGUUUACACAGCUUUUCUCAAUCAUGUCUUAUUUCAACAUUUAUAAUUUUGAAAUUAGCAUUGAGAGCAGUAUUUAUAUUUUCAUAUACGAGCAUGCUAAUAAAUAUUGUAGAAGAUGCUAUACAUAAUUUUUAAUGUUUAAAUUACAUUUCUAUAUCCAUAUGAAAAUUUACCAUUAAGUGCUUAUCCAGGUAAAUAUGUCAGACAUUUUUGGAAUGUUUGCUGGAAAAUGUCCUUGUUCAUUUGCAAUACAUGUAUUUUACACAGGACUUAGUAAUUAGACCAUGUUAUUUUGUUUACUUGUCUAUGAGAUUUGGAUGCAAUUAAUAUAUAUAUCUUUUUAUAUUACUUGAACAUACCAUAUGACACAAAAUUAAUUGUAUGAAUAUUGAUUUACCAGUACAUAAAAUUUGUUUUUAUGCAUCUACAUUUGUAUAUACAUGUACAUAUAUAUUCAGAAUGAAGGUUGACAUGCCCAUACCUGGCAUAUAUUAUAAUUCAUAUUUGGAUCUUCAUUUGCUGAAAGGAUGUAAACAUGAGCUAGUAAUGAUUGUGUUCAUUUAAUGAAAAUUCUUUUAUACAAAAUUUUGUAAAAAUUUUGAUAUACAUCUAAUUCUUUUUAAUGCACCUCAAUCCAUGACUGGGAUUAUAUAAUUCAACAAAUAUGUGAAUAUUAAGAUAUUUAGGUGCCUGGUUGCUUAUAUUAAUAAUAUUGCUAGUUUAAGUUUACAUACAUGUACAUAUACUCUCACUAUGUCACCGGUGAGCUAAACUAAUUUGUGAAGUGUUUGGUAUAAAUAAUAUGGCAAAAUUCAAGAACAGCUUGAUACUGUAGAAAAUUAGCCCAAUAAUUUAUCAUACUUGAAAUGAAAUCAUUCUUCACUAACAGUUGGGUCUCAAGUACAUAUCUAUCUGAAAUUUUAUUAGUGGUAGUCUCCGAUGGUGAGUUUAUUACAAUCUACGUAAUAUUGACAUGUUCAAACUAUCUGAAAUAGUGUCAGUUAUAAACAAAUAGAGUUAGAACUAUUAGUAGCUAAAAAAAAUAUUGUUUUUUUUGAAAAAAACGUGUGUUCGAACUAACCAGAGGUUUACCGUACCUUCUUAUUUGUGAAGAGUCAACUUUGUCUCCCCUACUAGUGAAAUUUCUUGUCAGGGCAAUAACUUCUAAAUUGUUAAAGAUAUUUUGAUGAAGUUAUGUCAUGUGACCUUGACCUAGAAGUCUUGGUUUGGUUUGUUUUUGUUUAACGUCCUAUUAACAGCCAGGGUCAUUUAAGGACGUGCCAGGUUUUGGAGGUGGAGGAAAGCCGGAGUACCCGGAGAAAAACCACCGGCCUACGGUCAGUACCUGGCAACUGCCCCACGUAGGUUUCGAACUCGCAACCCAGAGGUGGAGGGCUAGUGUUAAAGUGUCGGGACACCUUAACCAAUGCUGCCCCCUACCUAGAAGUCAAAGAGGUGCGAAAUUUUUAGCAAUUUCUUGUUUCUAAAUCUAUUUAUAUAUGUAAUAUCUACAACUUGUCUAUACCAGAACUACUGUAUCAAAACUAAAGAAAAACAUUCAGAUUUAUUAUUUACAAAAGAUAUACCUAUUGGCUAAUAAGGGGAGACAUGUCAGUAUGUAAUCGUUCACUAAAACAAAUCUCUAGUUCCCUUUUACAUUGAUUCAAUACUGUCCCAUUAAAUCAAAGCAAAUUCGUAAAUAUUGAUGUGUAAGAAGAGCAAAGUAAAUAUCAGAGGGAUUUGGCACAAAAUCCCAGCCCACAGUCCAUAUUUAUGUUAUAGAUUGUGUAUAUGGACCAUGGAGUAGGAAUUCAUGCCAUGUCCCUGUGUUCUGGCAUAUAUUCACAAGAUUAGAAAACACCAACAUAAUGAUCAAAGUAAUAUCUGGUUUCUAGCAUACUCAAUUGAUAUGAAACAUUUCAUAUAUAAAAUACUAAUUUUAUAUUUUCUCCUUUAUAUUGUAAUUUUUACUAAAAUGUUUGGAAUUUUUAAACAAUUUCCAAUCUAUUGUGUUGAUCUAUAUACUGGUACACCUGAGAAUUUACACUCGACACAUAUUUUUUUAAUGAUUUUAAAAUGGCACUGUCUUUGAACACCUUGCACCGUUUUUGUUUUGAAAAUUGUUCUACCAGUCAAGGUAAGAGGGCAGUAAUUACUUCUAACAUUUCCAUGACAGAUUAUUUUAAAUAAAUUCCUUUUUUGUUA